CUUUUUUGUCUAUAUCCUGCGCUACAGAAAGUGACGGGGCUAGUUAAUUGUGCGAAUGUGGAUCCCUUCACUCACUGCGUGAGUAGUACGGAGUGAUCUGCGACGUGCUCCGACUGGCGCUGGAAGUAGUUCCGGGUGUUUGAGCGAGCGAGCGGUUCCCGGAUGUUUGCUGCUGAGUGGAAAGCGGACGGGAGAAGGUGGGGAAGCCGAGGGAAAACAUUGACCGACACACCGGCCGGGGCAGAGCGGGUCUGACCCGGGACAAACACAAAAAACUAUACAGCGGGGGGAGCGGAGCCAAUUCCCCGGGGCAAAGAAGAAGAAAAAGUAGCGGUGGAGGGGGGUGGACUGUUGUUCCAAUACGUACCCGGACCGGUCCAGCACCACCAACCCGGCAUCUGAACCGCAAAAAAGUUCACAUUCCAACGCGAACCCAACCUGCUUUUGCUUAAAUACUCCAGUCAGACUAACGGAGCAGGAGCAAAGGCCACACUGUGAAGCGAGGGAGCCAAGAGCCCAGCCCUUGUUUUCAUCUUCAGCUGCAGGUUCGCAAGCCCUCCUCGGCCCCACAAUGACGUCAGAGCUGGAGAGCAGCCUCACCUCCAUGGACUGGCUGCCACAGCUCACCAUGCGCGCGGCCAUCCAGAAGGCAGACGCCACACAGAAUGCCCACGGACCGGGCAUGGCCAAGAAGAACGCUUUGCUGGACCCCAACACCACUCUGGACCAGGAGGAGGUCCAGCAGCACAAGGACGGCAAGCCCCCGUAUAGCUACGCCAGCCUCAUCACAUUUGCUAUCAACAGCUCUCCAAAGAAGAAAAUGACUCUAAGCGAGAUUUAUCAGUGGAUCUGUGAUAAUUUCCCUUAUUACAGAGAGGCUGGCAGUGGUUGGAAGAACUCAAUUCGGCACAAUCUAUCACUGAACAAGUGUUUCCUCAAAGUGCCUCGCUCCAAAGAUGACCCAGGGAAGGGGUCAUAUUGGGCAAUCGACACAAACCCAAAGGAAGACUCGCUGCCCACCCGGCCAAAGAAGAGGCCCCGAUCUGGAGAGCGGGCCUCAACCCCAUACAGCCUGGACUCUGAUUCUUUGGGAAUGGACUGCAUCAUCUCUGGAAGUGCCUCUCCGACUCUGGCAAUGAACACUGUGACUAACAAAGUAGCGUUGUAUAACACAGAUCAGGAUGGGAGUGACAGUCCCCGGAGCAGCCUUAACAACAGCCUCUCAGACCAGAGCCUGGCAUCUGUGAACUUGAACAGCGUUGGCAGUGUGCACAGUUACACACCGGUAAGCAGCCACCCCGAGCCUGUGUCCCAGUCCAUGACUCUACAGCAACAGCAGCCACCGCCGCAGGCUCAGUACAGCAUGCCAGAGCGGGACAAACAACUCCUCUUCUCUGAGUAUAACUUUGAAGAUCUCAGUGCCUCCUUUCGCAGCCUUUACAAAUCAGUCUUCGAGCAGUCUUUUAGCCAGCAGGGUUUGAUGACUAUGCCCUCGGAGUCAACGCAGCAGCAGACCCACACAUCCUGUUCCUACCAGCACUCCCCCAGCAGCACAGUGAGCACUCACCCACACAGCAGCCAGAACAGCCUGACAAACAGUGGGGGGCAAGUCCCCCUGUCCCACCCCCAACAAAUCCACACGCAACAGCAGCACCCGCAGAACACCCAUCCUGUGCACACUUCUCCACACCCCCAGCAGCACAGCCAGCACCUUUCCCAGCACCAUCAGCAGCAUGGGCAGCACCCUCAGCAACAUGGGCAGCAUCCUUCCCAGCAUCCUCAACAGCACGGACAGCAUCCAUCCCAGCACCCUCAGCAACAAGGGCAGCACCUUUCCCAGCAUCCUUCCCAACAGCACGGACAACACCCUUCCCAGCAUGCUCAGCAGCAUGGACAGCAUCCUCAGCAACACGGACAGCACGCUCAGCAGCAUGGGCAGCACCCCUCACAGCACCCACAUGCACAGCAGCACCACCCGAACCACCAGCCCCUCUCGCACCAGGCCCAUCCGGCACAGCAACAGAUGCCCUGCAACACUGGUCUCCCAUCAGACUGGUACCCCAAUCUCGAUGCACUGAAAGAGAGCUGCCGCAUUGCUAGCAGUUAUAACUGGGCUGACGUGGACCUGUCACCGUUUCAAGGAUUAAAGGAGAGCAUGAGGCAGGCAGACCUCAAUAACUGGUCCCUGGACCCUUCCCAGAUUGCAGACCUCUGCUCGUCUAUCAACCAAUUUUUCACUCGGACUGGAGUCAUCCCACCACAGGGAGUCGUCCAGCCACCUGUGUGUCACACCAUGCACUCAAACAAGCCUAGCCAGCACAUUGCUCCAGGAAAUAUAUACAUUGACUCCAGACAAAGCCUUCCAACUUCAAUGAUGGGGCCCCCAGGUUACCCCCACAUCCCCCCUCUCAACAGUGCAGGACAGACGAUGACAGGACAUCAUGCGGCAAUGAACCAGCAGCACAUGAUAUCUCCUGCAAACUUCCAGAUGCGCCGGCUGCCUGCGGAUGAUAUCCAGGACGAUUUUGACUGGGAUUCCAUCGUCUAGGCCUCCCCUGGACUGAAGGGAGGGGAGCGGGAGUAUGCCAGGCCGUGCUGUCCACUUGCUGUGGAGGGAGACAAUCUGGACGGGAAUCUUCAGAAGUACAGGCGUCAUUUCGACAAGAGACUUCGGAGUCCUGAUCUUUUAAAAAAAUAAAAAGUUACUUUGAAGACAAUCAAAAUAUGUAGUAGGACAUGUUUAAAUUAUCGCUUUGUACUUGUCAAGGGGGCAAGAAGUAGAUGUUUUGUCAAGCACCCCCCCCCCCCCCACCUCCUCACAGAACUCCUGUAACUUCUUACUGUUGUGUGACGGGACAGCUUUUCAGAUUAUAACCUUCUCGUGUUGCCUGACAGGCCUCAGCUUCCACUUGGACAUGGUUUUCUCCAUAUGCGUAACAAGUCCGUCCCCUUUUGAGCAGUCAGGCUGGGUCUGCUAAUUGAUUCUCAUGCUGUUGUGAGAUCUCAGCAUAACAAAGCAGGUUGAAAUUACGCAAAGCGCCAUCAGUUUGUAUGUUUUCAUUUCAUGGAUUGGAAACUAAAUUGAAUUAAUACUUUUAAUGGGGCUUAAAUAACUGGUCUUUGGUUCUUCAUUUUUAAAACCAAGGACUGCUUAUAUAGUACUAUUAGCUCAAAUAAAGGGUCUGUUUAAUGCUUCUUCCCUUACAGUAUGGUGAUUUUAUGUCCUGUUUUUUUCACAGCGGGUCUCACAGUAGGAUUGAGUAUAAACACUUGCUUGUAGAAAUAAAUCCCUGCUCGAAUACAAUAACCCAUAGUGUACAAAUGCUGUUAAAGACAAUUCAAUUCUGAAUUCUCAUCAUGGGUAUUAGAUUUUUGAAAUCUGGAGACACAGGAGGCAACCCCCUGUCCCCUAGUGCGGACUGCACUAUGUGAAGACUUUUGGUACAACCAGAGUUCAGUGUCCGUUCUAACAGCUACUGACAUGGGUCAUUAAGCCCUGUGUACCUCCUGGAGAAAAGGAAAAACACAAUGUGUGUUUGUCAUGUGAUGUGUUGUUGGUAUUGAAACUGACUCUCAAAGGGUAUGAGAUUCUCCAGCCAGGCAAAGGGGUUUAGCUCUUGUGUCUCCACACAUUUCCAGCUGAGGGCCAUCCACUGUGCUGGGCAUGAUGAGCCAGAAGUAGUUUGGCAAAUUUUCUCCUAAUUCAAAGUCAAUUGCAAAAUUCUAAGCUAUACACAAAUAAAUAAAACAUUUUUAUGAGAUCAGUUUUUUUAAUUUUAUUUUUAUUUUUUUUACUUGCACAUCUUAUCUUGUAUUGAGUGUGUCCCUAAGUGUUUUAUGUGUGUGUGUGUGUGUGUGUGUUUUGUUUUUCUAGGAUAGCACCCCAGUUAGCAAGCCCCUGUUUUCUUUCUUUCCAACAUGCUCAUGGGUCAAGAGUAGCCUGCCUGAAACAUCCAUGGCAGUUAAAUUAAUGGAUGGGGAUUAUCAGUCUGUAUGCUCUGUUUUUAAAUUUCUUUAAGUGAGCUUUUAUUUUAAGAGCCUGGUAACCAACAUCAACUCGUGAUUAUCUUGCAUUUGUUGAUUCAUGGGGGGGAUUUUUUAGUAACUGACCUUCCUGUUUUAUGCCCCAGUUGGAAAUGGCUCCAAAUGGAAAUGUUGGACUGUUGACAAACUGAAAAUCUUGGUUGCCGGAUCUUGGUUGCCGGGUGUCUUAUUUCACAGAUAAACCAACAUACAAAUAAGUGCAGACAAAUUAGUACCCUAAACCUAGCAUUCAUUGCAUGCUUUUAUGGUCAUUGUGGCUAGUAUGAAAGCCUGUGCCUCUGUGCUAUUGUUGAAUAGUAUUGGGUUUGCAAGAUAGUGUGCCAUCUAGUGUUAAUUUCUGCAUGAAAUAUUUCCAAAUGAACAAGAUGGGGUAUUUCCCUUUGGAGUGGAUAGUUGCAGGUUGCUCUGGACCCCUGACACUGUGAUGUAUUUAAAUGGUACAAAUAGAGACGUGGUAAAAACAUGUUGGGUUAAAAUGCAUUAGCUUAGACUACCAAUAGGUUUGAAAAACUCCCCAUAGGAGUGGUGAGAGUCGCCUUACCACAGGGGAUCCUUGUUUUGAAUCUCAGCUUAGCCCCUGAAUCACUGUGUGACCAUGGGGGAACACCCUGUGCCUUAGUUUGACUCAGCUAUAAAAUUGGGUGCAACAAGACCUCCACUGAUAAAGAGGUUUGCUGUCUUGAUCAACAAUAUAUUAAGAAAUAAUUUGGUAAUGAAGUGUGUGUGGGAUGUGGGGGCAGGUUAUGCAUUGUGUUGUGCAGAGAGAAACGGGGCAGGUUAUGUAUUGUGUUGUGCAGAGAGAAAGGGGUAGCUGCUGAAGGGUACAUGUAAAUUAAUCAUAAGCAUCAUCUUUAACCUAACUGAGCACAAAACAGGCACAUUUUGAAAAACUGUUUGCAGAAUACAAGCAUACAAAGUCAAGCCCUUUUGGGAGAAGCUUAUCCAGGCCUUUAGCACUGACAGACUUUGUGAAAGGCCUGGUCCUCUUUUGAAAAGGACAGGAACAUCAAGCAAGGCCUUAGACCUUGGGAAGAGAGCUCUUACAAGGAAUGCUACUGAGGCAAUGCAAGCCAAACUAAUGAUGCAGCAUUUCCCUUGGCUCAAAAUCUAGUCUAUCAGAAAAACUCUCCAGGGCUGAUGUGCCUGCAGGGAGAUUAUUUCUCUGCCUGUUUCAGUUUCACCUCUCCUAGGUGUGCACUGCAAUUAGAAAGCAGGAUUUAGGGGGAGGCAGUGGAUUAGUUCUGAUAAUCCUCUGCUCUUUCACAGUGUACACCACACACAGGAGAAUCAUUUUGUGCUGCAAUUGGUGUCAAUGCAAGUCUUACCAAAGCAGUGUCUUUAUUUUGUAACCAUGUGUUUUACAAGCUUGCAUAUUGAUGCUGUAACCACCUGUCCUGUUUGGCUCUCAUAAUUGUUGCUGACACACAGUGGAGUUUGGUUCUGUUUUAUUGUGUGAUUGUAUUGUAUUGUAUUGUAUUCCUUAAAUUGGCAACUGUGAAUACUAAGGGUAUCAUGCUGGCAGUUUUCUUUUUUCAGCGUAAUAAGCAGUUGAAAAAAAUGGGAAGUGCUGUUAGUUACCAGAAGUGUAAGGGGAGGAUGGGUUUAAUUAUUUGUUCAUUGUCUGAUUUCACAGACCCAUAUUAGCACUAGUUUUGGACUGGCUUACCUAAGGUAACAUUCUGUACUCCAAAGCUUUGAUGUAUUAGGGUAAUGCCCACAUCUGAAUGAACAACCUUGAGUCUUGAUGCCACUGCUUUUAGAAGUGAUAUUUCCAGAGCCUCCCCUCUGGGGUUGCUUGUGAUCUGCCUCUGGAUCCUGGUAUUCAACUCUAACCACAGGGUGGUCAAGUCCAGGUACCCCUGUUGUAAUCCCCCUUUUUUAUGAUCUUCAUAGGGCUACCACUGUAGCCACUGACUAUAUUAAGUCUCAAAGGAUUUCUCUGAGUGCUGUUUAAAACUGUCCAAAAGUGCUAUCCUCAGCUUACUUUUCCAGCUCCUAUCAAUUGAUGUUAUUUCAGCUGCUAUACUUGGAAGUAAAGAUGCCAUGCAGAAUUGUUUAAAAUAUCAUGUAUUUACAGAACUGGAAAUAAGCAAAAGAUAUGGAGUGAACUUGUGUUAAACCUUCUCAGUAUCAUCAGUGUUCCCCAGUUCACCAGCCCAUGCAACUCAUUCAUCCAUACUGCUCUCCAGUUGAUUUCUACUGGGUAGACCUGAUUUGAACCUUUCCAGUUGUGUAAACUGUGUUGCAUCGUCACAAGGCUACCAGAGUGUUGUUUUCAGUGGUAGAGGAAUUGCAUAGAGCAGUACUGCACAAUGACAGGUAAUUAAACCCAGGAAUUUCAUAGAGAGGUAAUUAAACCCAGGAAUUGCAUAGAGAGGUACUGCACAAUGACAGGUAAUUAAACCCAGGAAUUGCAUAGAGAGAUACUGCACAAUGACCGGUGAUUAAACUCCUUUCAUCCAGGUGGAGGGAUCUUUCAGACCUAUCGGUUUCUAAACCUUAAGGAAUACAAAUGCACAACAAUCAAAAGCUAUUUGUCAAAGUUGUAAAUUGAUGUAUUUCAAGAUUGCAAACAUGUAACUUUGACAUGUUCCAGUUGUUGGGCAAAACCCAGCCUUUCCUCCACAGCUCCCAGAGUUUUUUCAAAGGUGUCUGUGUAGUCUUUACUCAUUAGAAUCCUCAAUUAUGCCAUGCUUUACUAUUGGUAUUACUGGCCUUGAAUAGAAAAAAAAUGCUUCUUAAAAAGCCGUCACCAAGGCCAAGCCCUGCUUCAGUGGCUGUUUCUGUUAGGUGGAUCUUGUAGGUUUGAUACAGUAUGGGUCAACUGAAUGGCACGUCUGUUAGUUAUUACUAGAGUGCAGGCUGCACCAAAGGUAAACACACCACUGAUUUUAUAAAAGUAGAAAGUCUUCUAAUAAACCUUUAUCACUGUAUUUUUUUGUAACAUUGCCAAUUUUCUUUUCCUUUCACAACAAUGGUACAAAUUGCACACUGCAGUAAAAAGCCUCGAUGAAUAGAGCCAUUGUAGCCGUGACAGAAGCUCAUUCAUUGGCAACUCCUAACCAGGGUGCAAUAACUGACAGUAAUUGUGUGUUAUUAGGUGUCAUCAGAAUUGUACUCAAAAUUGGUAAUGCCAAAAAAAUUAGUACCGAUUUGUUAAAAUACUAAUUACUUAGAAUUCCUGUUGGUUGCAUCCCAGCCAAUAUAAAUCAUCACCCAUUUUAUUUAAUCCAUCUGUAUAAUGUGUACGUUUUUAAAGCAUGGGCUGCUAGUAAGGUGAUUCUUUCUACAUGCUGUAUAAGCAAACCUGAAGUGAGUUAGGAUAACUGCUUUAAAGUGUUCCUAAUAUGACUUUCCUAAACAAUACUGUUAAAAUGUGCUUCCUGUUUCCUUUAGAUAUACUUAUGCAUUUUGUGUGUAUUAUGUCGGAUGACAUUUUGGAGUUGGCUCCUGACAAAGCUACAUUAAAGACAAUGGUGCCUUCCUUUUUUGGGGGGGGGGGGGGGGGGGGUUGCACAGUUAUGGUAUCUCACAGCACCAAGAGGGGAAGUAGCAGGUGUACCCCAAACAUUGCAAUCUCACACUUUUUUGUUGUCCAUGAGCAAAGCAAUAGAGAGGAAAGAAACAAUGUCAACACCCUGUUUUUAACAAUAGCCCGUGUGUGUGUGUGUGUGUGUCUCAAGUGUUUUUAAAUAAAUGGAAGAACAGCAUUUUUGCUCUACCGGUGGCUUGUUACAGUAAGGUGGAAAACUGCCAACAAGUACUGGUAUUUGAGGCCUAUUAUUUUAUUCAGUAUUGGUGUGUUAAUGUGCUUUAUUGUAAAUAUGUGUCUUUUAAAUGGUCCUUUUUUUUUCUCUGGGUGGGAGGGGUAAUAUGGGAGGAGGCAGGGAUUAUUGAUAAAAGAAAAGAAUAUGGAGUAUUUUGUUAUUGUUCAUUCAGAGGGUGAUAUGUAUAUAUCUAUAUUGUAUAUAUGUGAUGAAAAUGCGUUCGCUUUUUGUGUGACACUACCUUGUACUGCUGUUCUACAGUCAGUGUUUUAAUGUUUAUAAAGUUGUUUUUUUUUUGUUUUGUUUUUUGUUAUUGCACGGUUUAUUACUUUUGCUCUCAGAGGAAAUGACACAGCUACUCUUUGUAUCGGUUUAGUGCUGUAAAAUAACUCCACAGUGUCAUUAGGAUUGUCUCUGCCAGACCCGAUAUGCAUGAAUGGCACUUACAAAAUAAAAUAUGUUAACUUCA